AUGGCUCUGAAGUUGGAAGGAGGUGGUCAUUAUUUGUGUGACUUCAAAACUACUUACAAGUAAGAUAUGAAAAUUGUCAUUUAGGGCCUCAAAUGAUCUAACUAAUCUGAAGGGCACGAUUUGGAAUAAACAAAAGGGAUAAGUUCAGCUUAGGUUUUAAAAUAAUUAUGAACUGGAAAAGAGCCCAGAUCUCACAAUGGUUCAAAUGAAAAUUGAAUUUACGCUCCUUUUUGCCCUAACUUUUGAUUUAUAUACAUUUGUAAACCUCAUGUUAUCAAAUUGUGUGUCAUUCAGUUGCUCCAAUUCGGUUUUCAAGAACUAGUUAACAUUUCGGAGUAAAUUUCAGUGUUGAUUUGUUUUACUGUCCCCUUGAGGGCACUUUUUGUCCUAAGUACUGUGUACCGAUUUUAAAACCAUCGCCGGCACUUCUCGGGCCUAAAAAUGGGAUAAUAGUCCCAUCAUGGAUUUUUACCUGUGGUUGGGGCAAAGGGUGAAUACUGUGCACAACAAGAGCAUUGUGACCAAUAUUAAAGGUAUUUGGUAAAGAUUUAAGCUGACAGUUUGUAUUAUUAGGUUUUGCUCUUCUUUUGUUAGGGCAAAGAAGCCUGUGAAGAUGUCAGGGUAUAACUAUGUUGACCGCAAACUGGAUGUAACCAGUCACAACAAGGAUUACACUUCCGUUGGGCCGUGUGAAAUUUCCAUUGCACGCCUCUCUAUGCUCGUCUGA